AUGGUCACUCUCCUGCAAGCGGUGCACUGCGCGUGCCUGGAGUGCGUGCGGGCGCCACCGCUCUGGGAGACGGCGGGAGCAGGAGGAGCAGCGGGGAGCAGGAGGAGCAGCGGGAGCAGGAGGAGCAGCGGGGAGCGAGGGGGAGACGCGGGCGUAGGUCUCCCGCCAUCCACUGUAGCUCCGUGGACACCGCGACACCCCGAGACCCGCUCUCGUGAACCCCCUAUACUGACCCCCUUUGCUGAACCUCUGACCCUGAGCCCUCCUGGCCGCAAUGGCGCCUCGCAUCCCCUCCUCCUCGUCUCCCUCCUCAUCGGCUUCGCCUUCACGGCUGCAUCGGCAGUUCCGCUGGUGCCGCCACCGCCCUUCUCUACACGCGCGCCUCCAGCCUCCUCCUACUCAUCGUCUUCUUCCUCCUCUCCUUGUUCUACCUGCUCGCCUCCCGCGACGGACCCUGGGACCCCCACGCGGGAAGGCGCCACACGGGGGUCCCUACGCCCGGGACCGAGGCCCCCCGCGGGGCUCCUGCGGGGGGGCUGCCGGACCUGCGGGAGGAAGACCCCGCGCUGCGUCCUCCCCUGCGCGGCCAUCGUCAGUGGCGACGAGAGCGCCGUGGAGGAAGCGAAGCGCCUGGAGCGCACGGCGGGCUACCGGACGGCGCUGCUCGCCUCGCAAGCGCGGCAGGGCGCGGCUCUCUCCCGCCUGCAGGAGGAGCUCUCCGCCGCCCUGCGCGCGGGGACGGACACGGCCCCGGCAUGCGAACGCUUCGUGCGCGCGCGGCGCUACGCGGGCGCGGGGUCGGCGAGCGCCGAGGAGCGCGACUUCCCGCUCGCCUUCUCCGUGGUCGUUCACGAGGACCCGGCCGCCGUCGAGCGACUGCUGCGCCUCCUCUACCUGCCGCACAACCGCUACUGCGUUCCACGUGGACGCCAAGGCGGAGGAGGCCGUGUACUCGACUGUGGAGGCGCUGUCGCGCUGCCUCCCGGCGCUGCGGGCCGCGCCGCGCCGUGCGCGUCACCUACACGGCUUGGAGCCGCGUGGAGGCCGACCCGCGCGUGCAUGGAGGCGCUGGACGCCGACCCCACGCCCUGGAAGUAUCUCAUCAACCUGUGCGGACAGGACCUGCCGCUCAAGACCAACCUGGAGAUGGUGCGCGCCCUGCGGGCCCUGCGUGGCCGCAACUCGCUUGAGAGCGAGCGCGUGCCACCGCAGAAGCAACGGCGCUGGCGCUACCGCCACGUGGAGGGGCUGGUGCGCGGGGCCCCGCGCAUGGUGCCCACCAACGUCACCAAGGAGCCCCCCGCCGGCCCCGUCUUUUCGGGCUCGGCGUACUUCGCGGGGACGCGCGCGUUCGUGCGCUUCGCGCUGCGGGCGCCGGCGGCCUUGGCGCUGUCGUCGUGGCUCAGCGACGCAUACAGCCCCGACGAGCAGCUGUGGGCCACGCUGCACCGCCUGCCGGGGGCCCCCGGCGGGGUCCCCGCGCACCCCAAGUACGACGUGUCCGACAUGAACGCGCUGGCGCGCCUCGUCAAGUGGCGCUACCUGGAGGGCGACGAGUCUAUGGGGGCCGCCGCGUACCCCCCGUAGGGGCGCCACCGGCGCUCGGUGUGCGUGCUCGGCGCCGGAGACCUGGCGUGGGCGCUGCGCCAGCCGCACCUCUUCGCUAACAAGUUGGACUCCCGCGUCGAGCCCGCGGCCGUGCAGUGCUUGGAGGAGCAUGUGCGGGGCACUGCCAUCCGGCAACGGGAGCUCGACUAGAGCUCGACUAGAGCUCGACUAUUCUAUUACCAGGUGAGGCCCACUGAGCUAUCGGCUCGGUUUCAGAGGCGACCUGGACCCACGUGAUGACAGCUCAUCGCAGUGGCUGAUAUCAUCACCACACGUGGGAAUAAUUUAUAGUAGGGUCCAAAUAGUUUAAGCGUGCUUUGAUUGUUAGUGUGGAGGAGAAAGGCAAAACCGGAGGAACCCGGAGAACAAUCCACACGACCACUACGCGGAGAGAGAGACCAUGCGGAUUCCAAAUAUAGAGGAGUCAGGUGUCGGGAUCGAACCCACGACCUCCUGCGCACCCGGCGAGAGAGAUCAAAUCUCCUCACACUGCUAGGUCGCUGGGCUUCGAAAGAGAUCCACGCGUUCACCCCAUGUGGUGGUCGUGGUGGCGGUGAUGGUGAGAUCAACAGAGCCAAAUGCGGAGCGUGUGGGACGAGGGACAGGCACGAGCGUUGGUCCGCUCAGCCGUGUGACUGUGGUGAUUUUUUAUCAGUGUUGUGGCCCGGCAACCACCACCUCGAGCCGUGAUGGCCUUAAUAGGCGCUCGCUAACAACUCGCCAGACCGCGUGUCGUAUGUUUACGUGAGCGAGUGCGCUUACACGUGUUUACAGGUGUGCUUAAUGUGAGUCCUAUUGGUAGACUCGCCUCCGCCAUGGAAACGUGGCUUUGCAAGGUUGUGGACUGGAGAUGAGCGCCAGUGACUCUGCUCAUUGAGCAGCAGGAGGUCACCGUGGCUUGUGCAGAGAUUACGCAUUGUGGAGGAGCGGUGGCCCAGUGGUUAUCGUACUGCGUCACGAAUCCGGCCACCCCAAAUUCGAAUCCCGUCUACGGCCACCAUCGAUAUCAGGACCGAUAUCUUGGGCCUACCCUAGUUCUACUCCGCUUUUAAAAUCUUACCUGGUGCGGUAUUAAACAUCAGCACUAGGGAGACAAAGGCGGCCGGGCGUGACGCGCUUCUGACCACACCGGCCCUCAUUGUGUGCCCUUCUGGCCAUCAUAGAUGCUCGCUAAUAGAACUUGCCCCAACAGCCUGUGUGGGCUACACGGGAAUCUUUGGUUUGUCUUCAUAAGAGUGACUGAUUACGCUGCUAUUAUCCAGUUAAAUAAACUUUCGUAAACACAA